AUGGUUCAUGGGAUUCCCAAGACUUUGGGGUUUGAUAGCACUCCGUUGGUGGAGUACUUUCAGCAUAAGUAUCCUGGUAAGAUUAAUAGAGUGAUUGUGCCCAUGGAUUUGUGUGCAUUAGAUGAUUUAGCAACAGAGUUGGUGAAGGCGAGGGAGAACAUAUCCAAGUUGGUGGCAAACAUUGAAUCGCGGGGGCUGGUGGAUGAGGGUGUGUUUGUUGAUGAUGGACCUGAAGAAAGGGGGGUGUGGGAGAAGCUGCGUUUUCUUUGGAGGAGGUUGAAGGAUUUGUGGUAUAGAGUGGUUGAUGAACUUGGUUUCUCUGACGAGGAGAAACUGAGGAAGUUGCAAGAGUCAAGAGCUGAUCUUGAGAUGGAAAUGGCAGCUUAUAAAGAAGGGCGAGCAAGGGGUGCUGGGGUUGCAUUCGUGGUGUUUAAGGAUGUUUACACCGCUAAUAAGGCAGUUCAGGAUUUUCGCAAUGAGAAAAGGAGGUGGGUUGGGAGGUUUUUCACGUUGAUUGAGUUGCAACUACAGAGGAACCAAUGGAAAGUAGGGAGAGCUCCGUUGGCCAGUGACAUAUAUUGGAAUCAUUUAGGAUCCUCGAAAUUGUCACUGAAACUGCGGAGAGUGAUUGUUAACACGUGCCUGCUGUUGAUGCUUUUGUUCUUCAGUUCUCCUCUAGCUGUGAUUAGUGCCAUAACAAGUGCUGCAAGGAUUAUGAAUGCAGAAGCAAUAGAUAAUGCUCAGACGUGGUUGACUUGGUUGCAGAGUACAAGCUGGUUUGCAACCAUAAUAUUUCAGUUUCUUCCGAAUGUUAUUAUUUUCGUCAGCAUGUAUAUAGUGAUACCAUCAGCUCUUUCUUAUCUUUCAAAAUUUGAACAGCAUCUUACCAUGGCGAGUGAGCAGAGGGCUUCAUUAUUGAAGAUGGUUUGUUUUUUUCUAGUUAACCUUAUUUUCUUGCGAGCUCUCGUCGAGUCAUCACUAGAGAGUGCUAUUUUAAAGAUGAGUAGAUGUUAUUUAGGUGGUGAAGAUUGCGAACGAAUCGAACAAUAUAUGAGCUCGUCUUUUUUGUCAAGAUCAUGUCUCUCGUCUCUUGCAUUUCUGAUUACAAGCACUUUCUUGGGAAUAUCUUUUGAUCUACUGGCUCCAAUACCUUGGAUAAAAAAGAAACUUCAAAAGUUUCAUAAGAAUGACAUGCUGCACCUGGCACCAGAACGAAGCGAAGAUUAUCAGUUACAAAAUCAAGAUGUAGAUUCCUUGCAGAGACCCCUGAUAUCUGAACGGGCAUCUGGAGUCUUGGUAGGGAAUGGUGCAUUUUCAAAUGGUUCUUCCCCGACUGCAAUAGAUUUUUCUGGACAUGACCUGUCUGAUUAUCCUCCCUCCAGCAGAAUCUCACCAGUACCAAAGCAGACAUUUGAUUUUGCGCCACUUGUGCGUUGA